CAAGGGCCUCGUGUCCAGCCGCUGCGCCCUCGGUAGAGAGGCAGUUCCGUGUCCUUGUGGGUGUCACUGGGAGUGUGGCGGCCCUGAAGUUACCUCUCCUGGUGUCACAGCUUUUGGACAUUCCUGGCGGCUCUGCUGAUGGUGGUGCUGGCGGAGAAUAGGCCAAGAAGAACAGGCCAAGAGCUCCAUAGACUGAAACAGGGGACCAACUCUGGAAAGGUGGAUUUUACCAAGGAAAAGUGAGAAACUGCAUUUGGGACUAGAAGAGUUAACUGUGCAGAUGCAGUUUAGGGCUUGUGGCUCAGUAGCAACAUGGCUGGAAGUAGCAGUGGUCACAACUGAAAGAGCCAAACAUUUCUACAGCCCCCAGGACAUUCCUGUCACCCUCUACAGCGAUGCGGAUGAAUGGGAGAUGUGGAAGUGCCGGUCCGACCCAGUUCUCCACAUUGACCUUCGGAGGUGGGCAGACCUUAUGCUGGUGGCUCCUCUCGAUGCCAACACUCUGGGGAAGGUGGCCAGUGGCAUCUGUGACAACUUGCUUACCUGUGUCAUCCGGGCCUGGGACCGCGGAAAGCCCCUGCUCUUCUGCCCAGCAAUGAACACUGCCAUGUGGGAGCAUCCUCUUACCUCGCAGCAGGUGGGCCAGCUCCAGGCCUUUGGCUAUAUCGAGAUCCCCUGUGUGGCCAAGAAGCUGGUGUGUGGAGACCAAGGUUUGGGGGCCAUGGCUGAGGUGGACACCAUUGUGGACAAAGUGAAGGAAGUUCUCUCCCAGCAUGCUGGCUUUCAACAGGGUUGAACCCAGGAUCUCUCAUGUGUGUCCCUCUGUACCCAGUGUGUUUUCAGGCCAUGUCAGUGAAGGUGGACAUUGGCAAAGUAUGGCGGGAAUUCACCUUUGCUGAGUAGGGGUCUAGCCUGGGUCUGCUCCACAGUCUCCAAGGGCCCGACCUGCCCCGAGGUAAAUUGGCCCAGGUCUCAACUUCUUUCAGCCAGAAGACUCCUUGCUAUCUGGAGUUCCUCCCCUCCUUUUCCUGGGAUGGUUCCAGCAAGCCAGAGGGGCAAGCUGCUGCAUUGUCCCUGUGCCUCUAGGAGGGGACUGAGGAGUGACUGGCCAACCUGAUUCCACAUUGUGCCCAGGAACCACUUUUAGAAAUGGUCUCAGCUGGAGAUUCCCAGUGUGACGGGCCCCUGGCUAGGCCUUUGGAACUUCAGCUGCCCUGCAGGGUCAGGAAAGCCUACACGUUGGAAAGACCCUGAUCAUGCUGUAAGAUUGGGGGUACUGGGAAAUAAAGAAAAGUGACCUUUU